AUGUCACCAUGCGUCCCACCCACCAGGUACCAGCAGGUGAUGCACGCCUGCGCAUUGCAUGAGGACACGGCAGCCAUGGCAGGGGGCGACGAGGCACAGGUGGCGGACAGAGGGCUCACGCUCUCCGGCGGCCAGCGCGCCCGCCUUGCCCUCGCCAGUCCCUCUCUCCUUCUCCCCCGCUCCUCUCCUUACCCCUAUUCACACGCUUCAACACCACCCUUCAGAGUGCUCUACUCCGAUGCCACACUGUUGCUGCUCGAUGACCCGCUGUCAGCGCUGGAUGCCCGCGUGGCACGCCACGUCAGCGACGCCGCCCUGUUCGGGCCAAUCGCCAGAGGCCGCACCAUCCUGCUCUGCACGCACUCGCCCCGGGCGGUGCAGCGAUCAUCACUGGUGGUGGCCAUGCAGCGUGGCAGGAUCGUGCAUGUGGCACCUCCUGCCACCCGCGUGCCCGCUCUCAUGCCUGGGAAUAGUGGCGUGGAUAGUGAUGAUUCGCGCAUGCAUGAUGGCGAGUGCAUGGAUGCAGAUACACGCGGUCUGCUGGUGAGGCUGCUGGGGGAGCAGCAAGGCGAGCAGGAUGCGGAGAAACGGGGGCAGGAGGGCGAGGGCGAAGGCAGGAAAUGUGGGCGGAAUGGGCAUGGGGAAGGGGAAGGGGCUUCUGCAGCGAGGGAGGUGGCAGGGCAAGCUGAUGGGAAAGCACAGGAGUGUCCCACCAAGGAAGGCCAUGGUGUGAGUGGUGUGGAUGGUGCCACUGCUGGUGCUGCCAGUGAGGAAAGCAGGCAGGAGGAGGAGGGGGGCCCGUGUGCAGAGGAACCAGACAUGGAAGCCCGGGGCUGCAGCGGCGAGGGGAAGGGGCAGGAGGCGGGUGCAGCGUUAGAGGAGGAGGAAAGGAGGGAGGCGGGAUCGGUGCGGCUCUCCGUGUACCGGUGUGUGCCGAUGCUCUUAGCCCUCUCUGCCGCCCCUCCCAGUGGUGCAUGCAAAUACUCUCAAAUGCAAACGGUGGGGUGGCCGCUGCUGGCGCUGGUGCUGGCGAGCCUGGCGCUCAUGCAGGGCUCCCGCAAUGCUGCUGACGUCACGCUCUCCCUCUGGACCGACGCUGUGCAGCACGCCCCCCACUCAGAGGCAGCAACAAACGCCUUCUACCUGCGGCUCUUCACCCUCAUCGCUCUCCUCAACUCGCUGCUCACGCUCCUCCGCGCCUUCUCCUUCGCACGUGCCGGCAUGACAGCAGCCCACCGCGUGCACCACGAGUUGCUUGCUGCUGUUGUGCGCGCGCCCCUGGCCUUCUUUGAUACUAACCCGUCUGGCCGCAUACUCAACAGGUUCUCCUCGGAUCUGUACACGGUGGAUGACUCGCUGCCGUUCAUCGCCAACAUCCUCCUCGCCAACUCCUUCAGCCUCGCUGGCAUCGCCGCUCUGCUGCUGUACACGCAGUGGACGUUUCUGCUUCUCCUGCUGCCUCUCACCUACAUCUACUCUAUCAUUCAGCAUCUGUACCGCCAGUCAUCACGGGAGCUGCGCCGGCUGGACAGUGCAGCGCGCUCGCCCGUGUAUGCUGCAUUCUCGCAGCUGCUGCACGGCGCACCCACCAUCCGCGCCUUCCAUGCUCAGGAGCACGUGAUGCGUGGAGCAGUGGCCCUCAUGUCGGCCAGCCAGCACGCGUCCUUCUCUGAGAUGGCUGCCUCGCAGUGGCUCUCUGUUCGCCUGCAGGUCAUCCUCUCCCCCUCUCUCCCUCUCUCCCUCGCUCACUCGCUCACGCGUUCACUCACUCACUCGCUCACUCGCUAA